AUGGCGGAGGGCGAGGGCCUGGUCUCCGUGGACUACGAGGUGUUCGGCAAGGUGCAGGGUGUUUUCUUCCGCAAGUACACCCAGGGGGAGGCUAAGCGGCUGGGACUCGUUGGUUGGGUCCGAAACACGAGCCACGGCACCGUGCAAGGGCAGGUUCAGGGUCCGUCUGCCAGGGUGCGGGAGCUGCAGGAAUGGCUCCGGAAGACCGGAAGUCCCCAGUCCCGCAUCAGCCGAGCGGAGUUCGGCGAUGAGAAGGCCAUCGCGGCGCUGGAGCACAAGGACUUCCAGAUUCGGAAAUAA